AUGCAGCAACACUUAGAGGAACUUAAAAGUCGUGGGGAUCCUAUCCAACCAUUCAUUUUAGUUGUAGGAACUAUUUUUCAUCCUAAAGAAAUUUUAGUAUAUUUUGACACAAUUAUGUAUAAAGUGCAUUCUAUACUAAGGGCUAUAGAAGUAUGUUACAAAAUUUUCCACUUAUUCAACUUGGAAUACCCAAGUCAAUCAUCAAUCGUUUGGUUAUUCAUACAAAAAUUCUUUUUUGGUGUAACAUCUAAAUAUGAUACACCUCACCCAAAAUUAGUUCAAGUUUUAUAUGAUUUAAAAAAUUAA